AGAGCACUGGCUCGCCUGGGGCGGCUGCGUCAGGUUGAGUGCCCAGAUGAAUAAAAAUUCUUCCAACGUGAUGGCUUUGGCUCCUAACACUUCUAACAAAAGAGAGACAGUCUGCAUAUUUGGAACUGGAGAUUUUGGACGAGCUCUGGGGCAUAAGAUGAUUCAAUCUGGCUACCCAGUGGUGUAUGGGAGCCGAAGCACCCAGAUAUCCAACCUGAUUCCCAAGGAUGCAGAGGUGCUGGGCCACGCAGAGGCAGCACAGAAAGCUGCCAUUAUCAUCAUAGCAAUCCCGAGGCAGCAUUACAACUUUCUUACACCACUAGCAGAGGUUCUCCGUGGGAAAGUCUUGGUGGACAUAAGCAACAACUUGAAAUUAAACCAGUAUCCCGAGUCGAACGCAGAGCACCUGGCUCAGCUGCUGCCUGGCAGUAAGGUUGUGAAAGCCUUCAACACCGUGUCAGCCUGGGCCUUGCAGUCGGGCACGCUGGAUGCAAGCCGGCAGGUAUUUGUCUGUGGAGAUGAUGUGGAAGCUAAACAAAUGGUCAUGAAUAUUGUUCGUGCACUUGGUCUCACUCCACUAGAUAAGGGAUCCCUCUUGGCUGCUCAGGAAAUAGAAAAUUACCCUCUGCAACUCUUUCCAAUGUGGAAGUUUCCCAUCUUUUUGUCCCUUGGCUUAACUGCAUUCUUCUUCUUCUACUGUGUUCUUCUCGAUAUAAUUUACACUUAUAUUUAUGAAAAGAAGGACUUUUCAUUUUUUAUUGCAAUUACCAUUCCAAAUCGGGUCUGCCCUGUAAUGGCGCUCAUCCUUCUGGCCUUGGUGUAUCUGCCUGGUAUUUUUGCUGCAAUUAUUCAGUUAUACAGAGGUACCAAGUACCGCCGUUUUCCAGACUGGCUGGACAAAUGGAUGCUGUGUAGGAAACAGCUUGGCCUAAUAGCCUUGGGGUUUGCUUCCCUUCAUGUUUUGUUCACUCUUGUUAUUCCACUGCGCGCCUUCGUACGUUGGAGAACCAGCACAAGAAUCAUCUCCCAGGUAAUGAACAAUAAAACAGAACCACUCGACCACACUAAUGCCUGGCUUAGUGACUCUUAUUUGGCUUUGGGAAUUCUAGGAUUUUUUUUAUUUGUUCUUCUGGGAAUAACUUCCUUGCCUUCAGUCAGUAACAAUGUCAACUGGCGAGAAUUUCGAUUUGUUCAGUCCAAACUGGGAUAUCUGACACUGAUUUUGUCCACUGCACACACGCUGGUUUAUGGUGGAAAAUGGUUCCUGAGCCCAUCAACAUACAAGUGGUAUCUUCCAAACAUCUAUAUCCUCUCCCUCAUUGUUCCUUGCGCUGUACUGGUUGUCAAAUUUCUGCUGAUAUUUCCUUGUGUAGACAAACCUCUCACACAAAUUCGGCAGGGCUGGGAGAGAAAUCCCAAAUACUCAGAACAGUCAAAUUACAUUAUCAACAAGUCUGCUGUAUAA